CCAAGCUUUACUCUAUUCAGUCCCUUCUUCAGUAUUGACUCUGGCACACAGGCAUUCCUGCCCCACUGCCCAGCUGGCCAGGCAGUCAGCCCCACAGUGGGUUAGUGGAGCAGAGAGAUGGAGCGGCCAGAGCCGCCCUUCCUCCUGGGCUCACUCAUCAUGGGUUAUGCAAUGGCAUAUGCUGCGGGGCACAGCCAGUCUCAGCGGGACUGAAGCGGGGGCACAGAGUCCUACGCAGAGGGGUGUGAGAUCCCAUCGGAGGACCCUGGGGGCAGGACUGGCUGGAUGGAGAGGCCAGCACCGGGAUGGAGAUUUCUCCUUUCCUCUGGAGUCAGUGAAGAAGCUCAAAGACCUCCAGGAGGUCCCAGAGCCCAAGGUCCAGGGCCGCAGAAAGUUUGUGACUCCACCGCUCUGCAGUCACCCAGGAUUUCCAGAGGAGCUCCGGCCUGUCUGCAGCCAGCCCAACGCAGAGGACAUCCUGCACCGGCUUGAGGCCAUCGCUCAGGACCCGAGCACUUGUGAGAUCUGUGCCUACGCCGCCUGCGCCGGAUGCUAGGGCGGCCUAGCCGCUGUCUUCCUCCCAGGGAAGCCCUUUCUUCUGCUGGAAGGGCAACGCGUGAUCCUCCCACUCCUAGCAGCUCAACCUACGCUGCCCCAAGGGAGCUCAGAGAGGGGCUGCGGGAUGAGGGCUUCCAGGCCUGAGACCGAGCUUUGCAAGGUGCAUGCCAACCCUCAGCUAAUAAACCGGAUUCCGAGUA